GUUUUAAUUGACAUUUAACACCUGUAGAAAAGCGCAGACAGACAUCCUAGGUGUAAAGUCUGCAGAUGAGCAGAAGCCGCCACCCAAGAGAAGCAGCCCAUGGCCAGUCCCCUAGAAGCCCCCACCCUCCUAGCAGCUCCUCCUUCUCCCAAGGCUUCCACUGUGCAAACUUCUAACACCAUGAGCCCCUUUCGCCUGGCUUGAACUUAAUAUAAUUGGAGCUGUACCCUGGAAUACAUCGGGGGGACACCCGAGUCCAUGUCGGUCCGCGCUGUCCUGCUUCAGUGGGCACUACAGUCAGGGACAAGUUGCUUCCGUCUGGGAGGGUGAGCUUUCAUGUUGACCGACGACGGAGCGGUGGCCGGCCAUCCCUGGCAGGGGAGGAGCAGGGUGGGAAGGGCUGGCCUCCCUAGAUGUGAUGUUGAAAUUUUGUGUUGCUUUAACCGCCUUUACUUUCUGAGCUAGGGGCUGUCUGCAUCCAUAGCAAAAGUGUAACUUUGUUGUAGAUGAGCGUAAGCCUCACCCCGGAGAGCGCUAGUGCGGCUUCAGGUCCAGAGCGUGGAAAAGCCCCAGUACCGAGGCACCCUGCACUGUUUCCGGUCCAUCGUCAAGCAGGAGAGCGUGCUGGGCCUGUACAAGGGCCUGGGCUCGCCCCUCAUGGGGCUCACCUUCAUCAACGCGCUCGUGUUCGGCGUGCAGGGCAACACCCUGCGGGCGCUGGGCCGCGACUCGCCGCUCAACCAGUUCCUGGCGGGCGCGGCGGCGGGCGCCAUCCAGUGCGUCAUCUGCUGCCCGAUGGAGCUGGCCAAGACGCGGCUGCAGCUGCAGGACGCGGGCGCGGCGCGCGCCUACCGCGGCUCCCUGGACUGCCUGGCGCAGACCUACCGGCGCGAGGGCGUGCGCGGCGUCAACCGGGGCAUGGCGGCCACGCUGCUGCGCGAGACGCCCAGCUUCGGCGUCUACUUCCUCGCCUACGACGUGCUGACGCGCGCGCUGGGCUGCGAGCCGGGCGACCGCCUGCUGGUGCCCAAACUGCUGCUGGCGGGCGGCACGGCGGGCAUCGCGUCCUGGCUCUCCACCUACCCCGUGGACGUGGUCAAGUCGCGGCUGCAGGCCGACGGGCUGCGGGGCGCCCCGCGCUACCGCGGCAUCCUCGACUGCGUGCGCCAGAGCUACCAGGCCGAGGGCUGGCGCGUCUUCACGCGGGGGCUGGCGUCCACGCUGCUGCGCGCCUUCCCUGUCAACGCCGCCACCUUCGCCACUGUCACCGUGGUGCUCACCUAUGUGCGGGGCGAGGAGGCCGGGCCGGAGGGCGAGGCUGUGCCCGCUGCCGCUGCGGGGUCCUCCCUGGCCCAGCCCUCCAGCCUGUGACGCCCGUCCCCCGCCCAGCUUCCCCAGGCAUCGCUUUUCAGAAAGCCGGCCAUGGCGUGAAUUGGCCCCUUAGCCGAUUGCCUGGCUCAGGUGCCGUGGGCUGUGGAUUCCAUGAAACCUGGGUGGAAUUUCGCUCAUCUGCUGGGUGACCUUGGCGACAGACUUCACUCUGCUGGCCUCAGUGUUCUCGUCUCGAGACCUCAGGGUCUCGAAAUGGGGACCCUCAUACCCUCAUUGUGUAGUCAGGAAGCUCAGAGACAAUUCCCAUGCCUGACUGAGUCAUGGCUCUGCCUGGAAAUGUUACUGGGGGUGCCUCCGCCCCACCUUGGCAUCCUGGCCGCUGCCUCUGUGCUGCUGUCCUGCAGGCUGGUUCCCAGGGGGCUCUGAUGAGCCACUAGUGGCUGCCCAGGGACUUGCUAACUCCCCAAACCCUCCACCUGGCUGAGCUCCAGGGAGACUUCUUGGCUACCUCCCUGAUCUCUGUUAGGGAUAGCCGGCAGCUGGGAGUGCCUCCUGGUGUCACGGGACUGGAUGCUCUGCCAGUGCACCCCACCUUCUCCAUGUGGCACUGCUGCAUACGGCGCGGCCAGCUGCUGCUCCUCCCACUGGAGGGUAGACCGGGAAGCCACAGGGUCUGCUGGGGGCUCCACAUCAGCUGGGGGCCUGGGAGAGCAGCAUGCACAGGCCAGUGGGGGUGGUCUCCGCAGUUAAAUUGUGAUACAGCUGUGGCAAGGGGAUAGCCUUUCACCUUCUGGCCUCAGGCUGCCAUCUUUAAAAUGGUUGGGACAUGGGCCAGCCGGUGGAUGCCUGAGUCCCUGGCCCACCGCCACCAGCCAGAGUCCCCAGGGCAUGCAGAGGGCUCCACAGAGGGCAGCAUGGAUCCCCCUGCCCUGGGCUCGCACAGUUCAGGCCACAAAGCCAAAGGUCAGUUGGUCCACUCCCCAGCCAAGUGCCUGGGGUCCCCAUGAGGGCACAGGGGGCCUGGUAGUGGGCACAGGGAUGGCCAGUCGUGCCUGCUGGGGCAGGAGCGGGCCCCCCAGGCUCGACUCCCCAGGAAGGUGGCUCGUGUCCCAGGAGGCGGGCCAUGCUCCGUGAGGAUGAGUCCAGCUCUGUAUAGUGUGAUGUUAUUGUA